AUGAAGCUUCAGUUCCAGAAGAAUCCAAAGACUUCUGCCUCACGCUCAGAUAGCAGAACUACAACUCGUCAUCGUGAUACUGACGGUUUCAAGAUAAAAAGGGAAUGCGGAUUGGGUCCGUGCAAUUUCAACGACGUUAUGGCAAGUAAAGGUCUUGGUUUGGAUACGUGCGACCGUAGCAGAAAAGAGUACUUCUGCUUGUUCUGCUGCCGCGAAAGCGGAUGCAACAAAGGCUCAUCUUCGGAUGUUUCCUCAUCACCAUCCAACUAUUUGCUGAUCCUCGGUGUUGUUCUUUUCAGCAUUCUAACCUUAUUCAACCGGUUCCAACCGCCCUAUUAUCCGGAAUCCCUUUAAAUGAUAUUGUAAAUGAAAUCAAAUCAGUCAAAUUACAAAAGUGUGAUAUGUUUUUGUUAAAUUAUUUCUAAGGGUUGUUAGGAAGAAAAUGUACACUUGUUUCAGUUCUGACAAUGUUAAAUGGUAUAAUAAAAAAAUAGCACUGUUUAUGUUUGAUACAGGUUAGGUCAGAGCCGGUUUUUAGAAUGUUAUACUUGUAAUCGGAUAAAUUGUAAGUUUAUUGUAAAUGAGCAC